AAGAGAAUACUACUCACAUAAGCAACUAAAGAUGGAGAGCUCAUAUUCAGAUGAUCCAAGCAAUGCCACCAAAACCAUGGACAACUCACAUGAUCCAGGCAAUGCCACCAAAACCAUUGAAAACUCAUAUGAUCCAAGCAAUGCCGCCAAAACCACUGACAACUCAUAUGAUCCAAGCAAUGUAACCAAAACCACUGACAAUGCAUAUGAUUCAAGCAAUGCUGCCAAAAUCAUGGACAACUCGAACUCAUAUGAUCCAAGCAAUGCCACCAAAAGCACUGACAACUCAUAUGAUCCAAGCAAUGUCGCCAAAACCACUGACAAC